AUGGUUGUGUACACAUGCUGCUGUCUCAAUAUUUGCAUAUUUGCAGAUAAAAUUGAUGGAAAGUCAGAAUCUGAUAUCUUUAAAGCAUGUCCUUUAGGGUCAUCCUGUGAAGCUGUUGAGUUGAUUGAUCAAGGAUUCCAGUUUGUUCAUAAAUGCCUAGUCCAACGUCUCAAAGAUGGAGAUUGGACUGUGUAUGUGUGUAUCGUCUGCGGUAUGCGGACACAUGCUGUUAACGUUCAUGUCAAGCUUGUGGCUGUCAGCUCAGCAAUGAAGAGAGGCAGAGAGGUGAUUGAACAGAUGAAAAACAACCCAGAUUAUUCACAAGUGUUUGGGUUGCUGCUGAGCCCACUUGACAGCAGACUAAAAGACAUUGGUGGAUUUCUGCCACAAGGCUAUGAGGCCUUACAGAAACAGUUGGGGGAUCUGCAAGAUGUUCUCUCCAGGUACUUGAAACAAGAAGAGGAAGCCAUGGAAAGUAGAAUAAGAAAUUAUGAGGAAGAGCAAAGGAAUAAUUUUAUGAAGUUGAAAGAAAUGGCACAGAAGGAGAAAGCAAAACUUAUAAGUGUGCUUUUUCACAACUCUGACGGCACCCGCACUAUACCGACACAGGACAGAGGCUCAACACGCCUACACGCUCCUGUGAGUCAUUCCAAAAGUACAUCAGAUUAUGAGAGUGGAAAAUCAAACUUCGUUGGUAAUGGGAGAAAGAAUAUGAAGAUGAGGGAUUCAAGUCCAGAUGUUUUUGCAAUGGAUGAAUUGGAACUUGAGGAGGCUGACGAGGGUACUCUGGGUGCUGCAUACGCAAGGAGAUCUGCGAGAACAAUUCAAACGUGGAGCAGUUUGGGCGGAAGCGAACAGAAGACUUGGACGCAGCGGAUGAAGUUGGCACAGUGGCAGGAUGAUACUUCUUUGAUGUCUACAUCUGUGCCGAUCUCUAUGCCUGCACAUGCUAGAAGUGUGAGAGUCAAAUCACACCUUGAUGACAGUUUUGAGGAGUCAGCAGAAUUUGAUGAUAUUCCACGAAAUAUGCAAGCUUUGUCGGAGAGCAUUCAAGAACGAGAUCGCUACAUAUUUGGAGAUCGGCCUCGCCAACGAGUGCACACUGGGGACUUCACACAAGUCAACUGGCAUUAA